AAUAGCAUACAUUGACGAAAACUAUCAAUGAACAUGUCUCUUACACAAGAGGAAGUUACUCGCCCCCUUGUCAACUUUCCUCCAAGCGUUUGGGGAGAUCAAUUUCUCAUCUACGAUGAGCACGUGGAGCAUGCUAGGAUGGAACAAAUAGUCAAAGAUUUGAUACAAGAAGUGAAGAAAGACAUAAUGGCAACUUUGGAUGUUCCGAAGCAACACACAAAUUUGUUAAGAAUGGUUGAUGCAAUCCAACGCGUAGGCAUAGCCUAUUAUUUUGAAGAAGAGAUUGAGAAAGCUUUGGAACAUAUUCAUGAUGCAUAUGGUGAUGACUGGAAUGGGGGUAGUCCUUCCCUUUGGUUUCGACUUAUGCGACAACAUGGCUUCUAUGUUUCAUCCCAAAUUUUCAAUAGGUACAAAGAGAAAAAUGGAGUUUUUAAAGAAUCUUUAAUCACUGAUGUCCAAUGUAUGCUUGAGUUCCAAGGAUUUAGUCAAAGCAACUCUACUUUGUCUUUCCAUAUACAAGAAGCACUAAAGCAACCUAUACAAAAAAGGUUGCCAAGACUAGAGGCUUUGCGCUACAUUCCUUUCUAUGAACAACAAGCUUUACAUAACGAGUCUUUACUUAAACUUGGGAAGUUAGGGUUCAACUUGCUUCAAUCACUGCAUAAGGAGGAGCUUAGCCAAGUUUCCAAGUGGUGGAAAGGUCUUGAUGUCCCAAACAAUCUACCUUAUGCAAGAGACAGAAUGGUUGAAUGUUACUUUUGGGCACUUGGUGUGUACUUUGAGCCACAAUAUUCUAGAGCUAGAAUUUUCUUAGCCAAAGUGAUUUCAAUGGCAACAAUUCUUGACGACACUUAUGAUGCUUAUGGUACUUAUGAAGAACUUAAGAUCUUUACCGAAGCAAUUCAAAGGUGGUCGAUUACAUGCUUGGAUGGGCUUCCGGAAUAUAUGAAACUGAUAUAUGAAGGACUAUUAAAUAUUUACAAAGAAAUGGAAGAAAUCAUGGCAUGUGAGGGAAAAUCAUAUCAUCUCAGUUACGCCAAAGAGUCUAUGAAAGAGUUUAUUAGAAGCUACAUGAUGGAAGCAAAAUGGGCAAAUGAGGGAUACGUACCGACAAUAGAGGAGCACAUGUCGGUUUCAUUUAUCAGUAGUGGGUAUAGCAUGCUCGCAACAACAUGUUUUGUUGGCAUGGGUGAUAUAGUCACAGAUGAUUCGUUCAAAUGGGCUCUUACCAAACCACUUCUUGUUAAAUCAUCAUGUCAAAUUGCUAGACUCAUGGAUGAUAUUUUCUCCCAGAAGGAGGAGAAAGAAAGGACGCAUGUUGCAUCAAGUGUUGAAAGUUACAUGAAGCAAUAUGAUGUUCCAGAAAAGUAUGUCCAUGACUUAUUCAACAAGAAAAUUGAAGAUGCUUGGAAAGAUAUAACCCAUGAGUCGCUCAUGUGUAAAGAUAUUCCAAUGACUCUAAUAAUACGUGUGAUCAACUUGGCACGGGUGAUGGAUGUUCUAUAUAAGCGUAAAGAUAGUUUCACACAUGUAGGAGAAGAAUUAAUAGAUCAUAUCAAAUCUCUGCUUGUUCGUGCUAUAAGUAUAUGAGUUUCAAGUCCUCUUGUUGUGCAGUGUUUGAUACAGUGAUGGUUUAUUUUGGCAAUCUUGAUAUUCAGUAAGGUCGCAAGUUAUUUGAUGUUUGAUAGCUCGAUCUGAAUGUAAUUUAUUACUGUUUUUUUAUUAAUCAAGUAGA